AUGUCUGUCUUAAAUACUGAAGAGCGUGAAGACUGUCAAGAUAUUUUCAAGCUUCUUGAUUACAACAAAAACCAAGUGAUAGAAUCUUCAGAACUCGGAAAAGGUUUAAGAGGGCUUGGCUUGAAUCCAACAGAAGCUGAAGUUCGGAAGCUGUUAACUGAAUUUGAUAAAGAUCAUAAUAACACACUUAGCGAAGAAGAGUUUCGCGGAAUUUAUAAAAGAUGCCUAAGCUCUACAUCAGUUACUGAAGAUGAAAUAAGAGCUCAAUUUAGAAAACUUGACAAAAACGGAGACGGAACACUAGAUGCAAGAGAAUUAAGAAAUAUAUUGACUACUGGAGAUGAGGCAUUAACAGAAGAAGAGGUGGAUCUACUGAUAAGAGAUUUUGAUCGUGAUGGGGAUGGAGUUCUCAGCAUUAAAGAGUUUGUUGAUGGUAUCUUGAGUCGCGUAUAG